AUGGAGUGGCAGCGAAUAGUCCAACUUAGGCAGGAAUAUUUACGCAAAAUCAAAGAAUAUCGACAGUCUAACAGAUUAAUAAUAUAUCUAGACGAUACCUGGUUUGACACACAUGACGUCGUUAAGUAUGGUUGGGUAGAUAACUCUCAGAGCUGCAGUUUAAAUACACCAUGUUCAAGGGGGAAACGUAUAAUAAUCUUGCAUGCAGGUAGUGAACAGGGAUUUGUACGAAAUGCAUUGUUACUGUCUGCCAAAAACAUCAACGAAUCAUCUGCCGAUUAUCAUGAAGACAUGACCGCUCAUUUGUUUGAAAAAUGGUUUAAGGAACAACUUCUACCUAAUAUUUCGCCCAAUUCUGUAAUUGUCAUGGACAAUAUGAACUACGUAAGACACAAGGACACACCAUUUUACGCUUGCCACCUUAUUACUGAAUUUUUAAUCCCAUAG